CGCGCGCCAGUAGAAGUGGGGACUGGGAAGAAGAAGGCACAGGGAGGAGAGAGAGAGAGAGACAGAGACAGAAUGGCUGUUCAAAUUUCAUUUCAGCUUUAAUUUUCUCCAUGGACUGAAGUUGAGAAGAAAAACUAGAGAAAACUCUUAAUGGCGGCGCAAGCUAGCACGAGGAACUGGUCAGGGCUGCUUCUUCUAACUCUGUGCUUCCUAUCAUGCGCCUCCGGCGGCGGCGGUGUCGCCACGGCCACCGCCACCGACGUGAGGAGACGGAAGCUGGAAACAAAAAGGCAUCUUAACAAACUUAAUAAGCCGGCGGUGAAGUCUAUCAAGAGCCCAGAUGGAGAUAUCAUAGACUGUGUUAAUGUCUCUCACCAACCAUCCUUUGAUCAUCCUCUCUUCAGAAACCACACAAUUCAGGCAAGGCCAUCUUUUUAUCCAGAAGCUCAAUAUGAUGAGAGCAAAUUGGCAUCAAAGCUCAGUAGUUCGAGUCACAAGAAGCAAUCAAGCAAACAAAUUUCUCAGCUAUGGCAAAAGAAUGGCAGAUGCCCAGAGAACACAAUCCCCAUUAGAAGAACUAAGGAAGAAGAUGUUCUUAGAGCCAGUUCUCUCAAGAGCUAUGGCAAGAAGAAGCACAGGACCAUUCCCUUUCCCUUAUCCUCUGAUCCUGACCUCAUCAAUGAAAAUGGUCAUGAGCAUGCCAUUAGUUAUGUAGAGGGAGAUGAGUACUAUGGAGCAAAGGCAACCAUGAAUGUCUGGAAUCCACGGAUCCAGCAGUCUAAUGAGUUCAGCCUUUCUCAACUAUGGAUUUUGGGUGGCUCCUUUGGAGAUGAUCUCAAUAGCAUUGAAGCAGGCUGGCAGGUCAGUCCUGAUCUUUAUGGGGAUGGUCACACAAGGCUAUUCACUUACUGGACUAGUGAUGCUUAUCAAGCUACAGGCUGCUACAAUCUGCUGUGUUCUGGAUUCAUUCAGAUAAACAAUGAAAUUGCCAUGGGUGCCAGCAUCUCUCCCAUCUCUAACUAUGGUGGUUCCCAAUAUGAUAUCAGUAUUCUUGUUUGGAAGGAUCCAAAAGAGGGAAAUUGGUGGAUGCAAUUUGGGGAGAACCAUGUGUUAGGUUAUUGGCCUUCCUUCCUCUUCUCCUACUUAGCUGAUAGUGCUUCAAUGAUUGAAUGGGGAGGAGAAAUAGUGAACACAGUAGCAGAUGGAGAUCACACUUCAACUCAAAUGGGCAGUGGUCACUUUCCAGGAGAAGGAUUUGGCAAAGCAAGCUAUUUCAGAAAUAUUCAAAUAGUUGAUAGCUCCAACAAUCUCAGAUCUCCUAAAGGAAUUGGAACUUAUACUGAAGAAUCAAGCUGCUAUGAUGUUCAGAAUGAUCAGAAUGGAGAUUGGGGCAAUUAUUUCUACUAUGGAGGCCCUGGAAAGAACCCUAAUUGUCCAUAGAUUGGUGAAUAUAACUUGUUUUUCUUUGUAUUAUUACUGUAAACAGUUCUCUUUGUUUUCUUAAUGGUUUCUCUCUUAUAAGUUGGGAGAGAGAGGUGUUUGGGGGUGGGCAGAGUUUCUUAUUAGUUUAGAGAAACAAGGCCUGAUCUGUUGUUACUAUUGCUGGUUUAAUCUAUGAAUUUUAUUCUUUUUCUUCUGGCCUUA